GUAUCUGAGCUGUGUUGUCUUUAUCUGUGCAGUCGUCUACUUUGUUUCCAAGAAAUCCAUACCGUCACUAUGAGUAUUCCAAUCAGCACCGACGAUCUUCAUGAAGUCCACACGUGUGCAAUUCUCCGCCCGGAGAGUGGUACUCCUCUUCCUCCUAGCGGCGAGAAACGCGAUUCGGGCGGCUUUGACUACCUUGUUCUUGACCCCAAAUUCUACUGGAAUCCAGGUGACGAACUUACUGUCUCCUUUAUCAAGCCCGACCCGAAGAAGAUGAUCAUAAAUGAUUGGAAUAGCUUGAAGAAAAAAGUUGAAGACAUUGCGCGAGAGUGGGAGGACGUUGCCAACAUUCGUUUCACCUUCAACGACAGUUCAGACGCACAAAUCAGAGUAGGAUUUUUUCCUGGGGCAGGCGGCUUCUCUGCCCUCGGCACAGAUUGCACGUCGAUCAAACCUGGCGAUCCAACGAUGUCUCUUGGCAGGUCCCCAGACAAAAAGACCUUUCGUUCUUCUGUCUUGCACGAAUUCGGUCACGUACUUGGAUGUUUACAUGAGCACUCCAGCCCUCUAUCCGAUAUUCAGUGGAAUGACGAGCAGGUCUAUCUGUUCUAUGAAAACAAACACGGGAAGGAUAAGAUCUGGGUCGAUGAGCAGAUUCUAAAACCUUUGAAGGAAUAUGAGACGGAUCAUUCGAGCUUCGACUCUUCUUCAAUCAUGAUCUAUCCCAUUGACAAAGCUCUCACCAAGAACGGCGUGUCCAUCAAGCCUCCCUCGGAAAUUUCGCUCAAGGACAAAGCAUUCAUGCAACAGAUUUACCCACCUCAUUCCGUUCCCGACUCAGUGGGAGUGUUCUAUAGCUGGAACUACAAGAAGUGGGAUCGUCGAGAUCCCAAAAACACAGCGUUCGUACCAUUUGCAUCCGAGUUGGCCACUGCUACCCCGGCUGUCGCUGUUGGGUUGGUGCAGUUCGACAUGGAUUUCAAAGUUCCUCUUCGAGUCAAAGCCACUGCAGCUUGCGUCACCUCUCAAAGCUUCAAUAUACAGACUGAAACUUGGGAUGGCUCUGACGGCUUACUCUCCGCUGGAGCAACAUGGUUCAAGAUCGACGAUCCAAAGACGUCGGACUUUCGGACCGGCAUGUUUGACACUGCCGGAUAUCAGACUGAGAGAGAACCGUUAUCCGACUUCAAGUGGACCAUAAAGUUCAAACGAGCUUUUGAAUCCCCUCCUGAAAUUGUCGUCUGGAUCCGGGGUUUUUACAUUGAGACUGGCACCGAUAUUGGACUCACUGUAUCCGCGCAUAAUAUUACCAAAAGUAGCUUUGAGAUCCACAUCGAUCCUAUCGGCAAUACAAAACUUCACCGUGCUAUGGCAACAUGGAUUGCGUACCCCAAAGAUAAAAAGGGUGUCUUCAGUGGCAACACAGUAAACCAAGAGAUGAAAGUGUGGGCUGGGGAGAAGGACAAUCGUCGCGGCUACUCUACGAGAUAUGACCUCACAGAUAGGCUAGAGCAGCAGAAUUGUGAUUGGACAAAAUUUCGUGUUUGGGCUGGGGUGAACUCUUUUGAUAUCAGUGGAGAGCGCAAUAUCAGGCUACAAACAGUGGUGGAAAAAAUAGGCCAGGAUGUCUGUGAAAAUAGUUUUUGGAUCCAUGUGAAGACUUGGAGUGAUACUGUUUGCCGCUCUGCAAGUUCCUCAUAUUUAGCAGUAUUUGAAGAAUGAUAGAAGCUUCUGGUAAUAGUUACUAUCCAGAAUUUAAUAAGAUAAUUUAUAUUA